UCCUUUCUGCAUAGAAGGAACUAAUAUUAAAAAAAUAAAUAAGGACUAUGACAAGUCCCAUUGCAUUUUCGCCUUGCCCUGGGGCACGUGAAAAUGGUUUGAAAGCUAAGAGACACAGGCUAGGGAAAAAGAAGAUCUAGAAAAAAAUUAGACACGGUCGAUAAAAUGGUGAGUUUUUAUAGUUCUCUAUUUUUCUCCCUUUUUUAUUAAAAUAAUGUGUCCUUGAUAGUGGAAUUAGGGUGGGAAUGGAAAAAUCUUAAUUAGAUCUGCUGCGUAUUUUAUAUCUGUGAUCAUUUAGGUAUCGUCCCAAGUGUCCCCACCUCUACCUAACAAAUAAAACUCACCUUGAAAGGCUCAGCUGAAACUUCUCAGACUCCUCCAACCAGAAACCAUCUUUCUCUCCUCUGAACCGCAGUCCAGUGGUGUUUUGUUUCUUUCACUAAUGAUUGAUCACAUUCUCUUGACAUUGUAGUUGUUUUUAGACCUGUUUGUGCCACUGCCCAUUAUACCCCAGGUGAGGACAGAGACCUUGACUGAGCCAUCUCCUUGUCCCCUGUGAUAGCUGGCAUGGCGCCUUCCACACAGUAAGCAUUUAAAACAUACUUGUUGAUUAGGAGGAUACAAUUCAUGUUAAUUGCAACAUUGUUAACCGAAUUGCAUAAAAGUUAUUUUCUGUGUUCAUGGUACCAUGCACUAGAUACUUCUUAGGAGAGGCCCCCAUGUCGCCUUCCUAAUAAAGCAGGGUGGGAGUCGAAUGAAGAGUGUGGUGCUCUCAGAACUCCUGCUCAUCUUCCACAGGUCCCGGCCGUGAUGAUGCCUGUCACUGUCGCAAGAGGCGGAACUCUGAUUGUUUUGUUCUUUUGAGAGUUUCGUAAUGCAGUGGUAGUCAUUUCAGCAAUUGUUGCAGCUUCACAUGAGUAUAAUCAAAAGGAUCAUAUUCCAAUUUAUCUUGCAGGUGGAGGUGUGUUUUAUGCCUGUCCUGGGCAGCUUUGAACCGAGACCUGUGAUAUGAGUAUAUCAGGAUAAUGACGUGCAAUGCAAGCAGGGGAUCCAGGAAUUGCUCUCACCAGAGACAUCGUAAAGCCGUAUUUGGAGAAGAAUCUUUUAUUGUUUAAAAAUAUUUUUGGAGCGUCAGGGCCCCUCGAGCGCCGGCUGCACAUCCGGGAAGGCUAUGAUGGGAAUGAAGGUGAGAACUCGGAGGUGUCACUUCCCCCAUCGCUUCUGCCUGCGACAUCGUCCUUCGGGAGCAGGGAAGCCGAUCCGCGUGGCGGUGGAUGCCGAGGCGCAGGGCGCGUUCUAGAAGGCAAUGGACGCGAGCAGCUCCGGGGGCCCCAGACGCUCGCCUGCUGUGGUCUGAGCCCAGGGAAGGAUGUCGCCGGUGCUGGGCGCGUGGCCGAUGCCUGAAUGAGGAUGCUUCGCCGGGGGCUGCUCGCGUGGGUCUCCCGGGUGGUGGUUUUGCUGGUGCUGCUCUGCUGCGCCGUCUCCGUGCUCUACAUGUUGGCUUGCACGCCGCGGGGCGACGAGGAGCAGCUGGCGCUGCCCAGGGCCAACGGCCCCACGGGCAAGGAGGGGUACCAGGCCGUCCUGCAGGAGUGGGAGGAGCAGCACCGCAACUACGUGGGCAGCCUGAAGCGGCAGAUCGCGCAGCUCAAGCUGGAGCUGCAGGAGAGGAGCGAGCAGCUCAGGAGCGGGCAGUUCCAAGCCAGCGAGCCCGCGGGGCUGCGGCUGGACAGGGCGCCCGCGGAGCAGCCCCGCGCCGACCUGCUGGGCUUCCUGCACGCGCAGGUGGACAAGGCGGAGGUGCACGCCGGGGUCAAGCUGGCCACCGAGUACGCGGCAGUGCCUUUCGACAGCUUCACCCUGCAGAAGGUGUACCAGCUGGAGACCGGCCUGACCCGCCACCCCGAGGAGAAGCCGGUGAGGAAGGACAAACGGGACGAGUUGGUCGAAGCCAUUGAAUCGGCCUUGGAGACCCUCAACAGCCCAGCGGACGGCAGCCCCCACCAGCGACCCUACACGGCCUCCGAUUUCAUAGAAGGGAUCUACCGAACAGAAAGGGAUAAAGGCACUUUGUAUGAGCUCACCUUCAAAGGGGACCACAAACACGAAUUCAAACGACUCGUCUUGUUUCGACCGUUUGGCCCUAUCCUGAAAGUGAAAAAAGAAAAACUCAACAUGGCCAACACACUUAUCAACGUGAUCGUGCCACUAGCGAAAAGGGUGGACAAGUUCCGGCAGUUCAUGCAGAAUUUCAGGGAGAUGUGCAUCCAACAGGAUGGGAGAGUUCAUCUCACCGUUGUUUACUUUGGGAAAGAAGAAAUGAAUGAAGUCAAAGGAAUACUUGAAAACACUUCCAGAGCUGCCAACUUCAGGAACUUCACCUUCAUCCAACUGAAUGGAGAAUUUUCUAGGGGCAAGGGACUGGACGUCGGCGCCCGCUUCUGGAAGGGGAGCAAUGUCCUUCUUUUCUUCUGUGACGUUGACAUCUACUUCACCUCUGAAUUCCUCAACACGUGCAGGCUGAAUACACAGCCAGGGAAGAAGGUGUUUUAUCCGGUCCUUUUCAGCCAGUACAACCCAGGCAUAAUAUACGGCCAUCACGAGGCAGUGCCUCCCUUAGAGCAGCAGCUGGUCAUAAAGAAAGAAACUGGAUUUUGGAGAGACUUUGGAUUUGGGAUGACAUGUCAGUAUCGCUCGGACUUCAUCAACAUAGGUGGGUUUGACUUGGACAUCAAAGGCUGGGGCGGAGAGGACGUGCACCUUUACCGGAAGUAUCUCCAUAGCAACCUCAUAGUGGUGCGGACGCCCGUGCGGGGGCUCUUCCACCUGUGGCACGAGAAGCGCUGCAUGGACGAGCUGACCCCCGAGCAGUACAAGAUGUGCAUGCAGUCCAAGGCCAUGAACGAGGCGUCCCACGGGCAGCUGGGCAUGCUCGUCUUCAGGCACGAGAUCGAGGCUCACCUUCGCAAACAGAAACAGAAGACGAGUAGCAAAAAGACAUGAACUCCCAGGGCUGGAUUUGGGGAGAGACGCUGAAACUCUUUUUUGCUUUUGCAAUGACCAAACAAGUGGCUGCGAAAAGGAAAAGACUUCCAAAAAGGGUGAGAAAAGAAUUUGAGAGGAGAGAGCCUCCGAUUUCUCUCUGGUUGGCUUUAUGCAACAGAAAUCAAAAUCUCCACUUUGCCUGCAAAAGUUAGCCCAGUUGCACCCUGUGAAGUGUCUGACAAAGGCAGAAUGCUUGUGAGAUUAUAAGCCUGAUGGUGUGGAGGCGUUGAUUGUGUUUACAACAAAAUGAGAGCGAUUGUUUUCUGUGCUCCUUGAAAUGUUCGUGAAUUAAGACCAGUUUUGUGCAAAGUUCAUUAGAAUGAAAGGCAAGCACAUUGCUCCUCUUACAAAUGGUCAUCUCAGUAGGGCUCUAGUUUCCAGGAAUGCUAAAAUAUCAGAGAGCAGAAGAGGAGACACGCUCGUCACAAUCCUCGUGGGUAUAUUAAACAAAAGCAAAUGGACCAGAAAAGAAACCAUAAAUAUCGAGUCACCUUCUACCAAGAUCAAUGAAAAAUAAUCUCAUCUUUUUGGUUGUUUUUAACCAUCUCCAGUUUGCUUGUUUAAAAAUGCACUUUUUUUUCUUUUUUCCGGCUUGUGAGUUAUAUUCUGCUUAAUUAAUUACCAAUCUGCAAGCCUUACAUCAGAGCACAAGUUAGCUUACAUUUUUAUAUUUUUUUAAGAAGAUACUUUUAGAUGCAUUAUAAAAACUUUCAGUUCAGAGCAUCAAUAUUGAUACCACAUCCAAGGACAUGCCAAAUGCUGAUCCUGUGGGACACUGAAUACAGAGCUGGCGACACGUGGAAGGCGUGGUUUGGAACUAUAGAUUGACACAGAUGGAUACUUUAUCUGAAGACUGUCUCUGGAGAGGGGCAACUGAACGCUGGAGGAAAAGAAAAGGACCCUUUUCACUUUACCAGGAAAGGAAACUCAUUUUAGACCGGCGAUAUCGUGAUGUUAUUUACAAGUCGGGAAACACAUUUUCUCCUUAGAUAUGGGGACCACUUUCUUACCUGUUCAAAUAAACCAAAGUAUACUGUGUGAACCAAACAAUCUCUUUUCAAAGCAGGGUGCUCUUCCUGGCUUCUGGCUUCCAUAAGAAGAAAUGCAGAAAAAUUUAUUUUAUGAAAGAUCAAUUCUUCUGCCAGAGUCUGGUGGGAUAGAAGAUUUUGCUACAUGUUCAUCCAUCCACCCUGGGGCUAGGUGGAAGUAACUGAAUUAUUUUUUAAAUUAAGCAGUUCUUCUCCUAAAUCACCAAGAUGCUUCUGAUAAUUGCAUUUUAUUACAGUUUCAAAGUAUUUUUUAAAAAUACAGUUAACGGAUCGGUUUCUACAUUCAUGUGAAAAUUAUUUAUUUAUUAGCCAGCACCAGAUGCAUGAGCUAUCUGAUUCCUUGCCUUCUGUUUGCCCACAGUAAACUCAUUGUUUAAAAGCUUCAAGAACAUUCAAGCUGUUGGUGUAUUAAAAAAUGAAUUGUAUCGAUUUGUACUGGUAGUUCAUAAAACUUAAUUAAAACACAGGACUUGAAUGGAAGGUGGUAUUGCACAGCUAAUAAAAUAUAAUUUGUGGAUAUGAUAA